GAAGCUCACCGCUUUGCGCUCCAUUUAAGGUCGCGAGGCCUACGCGUCCUUUCGAAGCGACGGGCGGACGGAGAUCGAAAUUCCCCUGCGAUUGAUCUCUGUCGCCGGGAGUCUGUGAUGGCGGAGGGGAGGGAUCGGGAAGAGGCGGCGGAGGGCGGACGCGGAGGAGGGAUGGGCAGGCUGGUGACGGCGGAGUUACGGGAGUUGUGGACAAUGGCGGCGCCGAUCACCGCGUUGAACUGCCUGGUGUACCUACGGGCGAUGGUGUCGGUGGUGUGUCUGGGGCGACUCGGCCCGCUGGAGCUCGCCGGCGGCGCGCUAUCCAUCGGGUUCACUAACAUCACCGGCUACUCCGUGCUGUUCGGACUCGCCUCCGGCCUCGAGCCGCUCUGCUCCCAGGCCUACGGUUCCCGCAACUGGGAACUCAUCUCCCUUUCGCUCCAGCGCACCAUCUUGCUGCUGCUGCUCGCCGCCGUCCCCAUCGCUGUCCUGUGGGUCAACCUUGGCCCCAUCCUCGUCGCCCUGGGGCAGGACCCGGCCAUCACGGCCGCCGCCGCCACCUACUGCCUUCACUCCCUCCCGGACCUCCUCACCAACGCCCUCCUCCAGCCCCUCCGCGUCUUCCUCCGCUCCCAGGGCAUCGCCCGCCCCAUGGCCGCCUGCUCCGCCGCCGCCGUCCUCCUCCACAUCCCUCUCAACUUCCUCCUCGUCUUCGUCCUCCGCCUCGGCGUUCCCGGCGUGGCUCUCGCCGCCGUCGUCACCAACCUCAACAUGGCCCUCUUCCUGCUCGGCUACCUCCGCGUGUCGCGCGCCUGCGAGCUCUCCUGGCGGGGAUGGUCCAGGGCGUCCCUCCGCGGGCUCUCCCCGGUGCUCCGCCUGGCGCUCCCCAGCUGCAUCGGCGUCUGUCUCGAGUGGUGGUGGUACGAGAUCAUGACCGUGCUAGCCGGCUACCUCCCCGACCCGACCUCCGCCGUCGCCGCCACGGCCGUCCUCAUCCAGACCACCAGCCUCAUGUACACCGUCCCCAUGGCUCUCGCCGCCUGCGUCUCCACAAGGGUGGGCAGUGAGCUCGGCGCCGGGAGGCCGAAGCGGGCAAAGAUGGCGGCGCUGGUGGCGCUCGGCUGCGCAGUCGUGAUCGGCGUCAUCCACGUCGCGUGGACCACGCUCUUCCGGGAGCAGUGGGCGAGGCUGUUUACGGUGGACGCGUCGGUGCUGCGGCUGGCGGCGGCCGCGCUUCCGCUCGUGGGACUGUGCGAGCUCGGCAACUGCCCCCAGACCACCGGGUGCGGCGUGCUGCGCGGGACGGCGCGACCGGCCACCGGGGCGCGGAUCAACCUCCUCUCUUUCUACCUGGUGGGCGCCCCUGUGGCGGUCGGGCUGGCGUUCCAGCUCCGCAUCGGCUUCGGCGGGCUCUGGUACGGCCUCCUGACGGCGCAGGCGGUGUGCGUCGUCCUGGUGCUGGCCGUGGUGCUUCUGCGCACCGACUGGGAGGUGGAGGCACUGCGGGCCAAGAAGCUGACCAACUUGGAUGUGACAGUGAUGUCCGAGGACGCCAAGGCACUGAUAAUUUGCGACAGUGACGACGAAGCUGUUCGAGGCAUAUAGUGGGGCGGGAGGUGAACAGUGUGAUCUGUAGCUUUUAGGAAGUUGCGGUUUGUGGUUGGCAGGGGAUGGGGAUGGGAGUCAUAUAAAGAAGCUUUUAGGCGGCGACGAUGACUACUUGCUUUCUGCUGAUCUCUUUCUCUCUCUCUCUCUCUCACUGUCUCUGCUCAAAAUCGUCUCCAGGUUUAGAAUCAAAUGAUGCCUUCACAGAGAGCA